AUGCGACUCCCCGCUACCAUUUUCGUACUCCUUGCAUGCUGUCCCCGCUUCACUAUUCCCUGCUCGCCUAUCGAAGGUGAAGCAGGUGCCAGCGAAGGUCUGGUAAAGCGAUGGUUUGGUGUACCUGACAUGCCCAAAAAUGGCCCGCACGUUGCUCCAUACAGAUAUCGAUGGCCGGCAACGCGUUCUGACCCCAACACGAUGCCCGUUCGAUAUUGCUUCAAAGAUAAACGCUCGGCAAAGAACUUGGGCAAGAUAGUCCUUCGAGCUGUUGCAGGUUGGAGUCCAGCAUGGACUGACGGUAAGAAUUACCUCUCAGCACUUCACAUCAUCCCAGACCCCGGCUGUGGCGAUGAGAAAUACUGUCUUUGCGGCAAUUCGAAUGUGGCUAGGGAUGCUCUCGCGAUCUCGGACGAAACGAGAGACCAUGAUCACAAGUGGAAUGAUGGAUCUGCAUGCCAGACUCUAUCGACAACAAGCUACUCGUAUAUCUCUCCAGGCGAGCCAUCUGCGCCUUCCCGCCAUUAUCUCAAGUUCUGCAGCUAUGAACCCACGGACAGAAAUCGACAGGAAGCGAAAGCCGUCGUGUAUAUGAUGCACGAGCUUGGCCAUGUCAUCGGGUUGGCUCACGAGCAUCAGAGGGCGGAUCGUGACCAAUAUCUCUGGUAUCAGAUCAAGAACCUAGACGGCUAUGAGGCAGCCAUUCGAAGAGUGACCAUCGACGAGCGCGGAUACUUCGAAGACGAUCAGACAAUUGACCAAAGGGUCAAGAUUGCAGCACGACGAGGCCACAUAGCCAAGCACUACUUCCCCGAAGCCGUCGAUUACGCCAUGUCCAGCACUUUUGCCGAAGGCCACGAUGAAGUCGCGCUCUUAUGGCAGGCCUUCGACGGUUCAGUCAGAUUCGACUUCGACAGUAUAAUGAUAUACAGCUCCGACACCGGCGCAAUCGAGCCCGGCAAGAAAGUCAUUUUCAGGAAAGACAAUAGCCAAGCCGUGUACAUGGGCGGUAGCCCGGAUCCGAGCAAAGCCGGUAUCAGUGAGGGAGAUAUUGCCCGAGUAGCUCAAAUCUACGGCGCGAAGACAGAGGCUGGCGAAAAAGCGAAGAAUGUUAAGGUGUGGGGGCCGAGAACAUCCGGACCGAGUCGGCAGAGAUGGAAGUGA